UUCAAAACAAUUCAGGGAGUGGAAAGGCUGUGUCUGAAAACCAAGGUUUGAUCAGAGUCGUUCUGUUUGUGGUCGAUUUCACUUUCACUAGCUGAAUUCCAUAUCACUCUGUCUAUCCCAAAAUUGCAAGAAAAAAGUUGCAAACGUUGAUUUCGAAGGCGGAAUCAUCAGUCAAACUUGAAGCUUAAAGGAAAGGACAAAGAGGGUGCGAAUCUACAUAUAUAGAAUGAGUGGAACAGUUGCAAUGGAACUCUCAAGCAACACUCUUCACCCGAGACAACUCGGCAUCACCGGAGAUGGACUAGAAACAAGCCACGCCCUGUCAAUGAAAAUGAUCUGCACCAAUAAACAACGUUUACAGAAGACCGUGGGAAGACUGGAGAAGAUGCAAGGUCCAAUGAAGAAGCAGCGAGAUGAUCUUCUGUUUUUGGUGGCGACGAUGGAGGAAUGGAGCCUAAUUAUGCACGAGUCAGAGCGAGGACACAGUGGAGUCCCGGUUUUGCGCUCAGUAAAGGAGGGUUGUAAUGAAAUCACGCCAAGUUUGAACAGUAACAACAGCCAACUGAAUCAAACUGUACAACGGCUUAGCAAAGCCAGCGUACCUCGCAUCGCGCAUGUGCAAAAGUGCCUGAAAGAUUUGAGAAAGGAAAUUCGCGCGGUGUUUGACGACGAAAACACAUAUAAUGGAAAAUUUGUUGAAGAUGUCCGAGAAACUAUAGGAAAUAUAAUCGGCACGGCUAAUGCCUUGAUAGCGCUGUAUUAUUGAUAGCCGUAGCGGAAAUUUCAUGAACAGCUGUGUUAGUGUUUGCAGUCUGAAUAAAAUCGCUGAAAGUUCA